AUAUCUGAAUUGGAGGCAGGGAGGGCGACUCCCCGUCUUCCCCAUUCCAUUUCCUCUCCUUUCCUCUUUCAUUCAAAGCUUCUUUCUUUUCUCUACAUUUCAAUUAUUUUCGAAUUUCGAUCGAGUCUUCUUCUUUCCUUUUCGCUGGGCCGUUGUGUAUGAGCGUGCUUGGGACUUGGGAGUAGGGAAUGGGGAACGUUCUAAGGUUUCUGUGUGGCCAGUGCUGUAAGCCCACAACCCAGGAAUCUGAAUCACUUGGUCCCCAUGGCGUCACCACCGCCACCGUCGGAAUUUCGGCUCUUUGUCAGGAUCUCCUCAACUUCCAGAGCACAUCUCAGGUUCCGGAAGGACUCGGUCGAUAUGUGGUCUCCUCGAAGAAAGCACAGGCUAACUGGUACACGAAACUUUUAGCGGCAUGGAAUGAAGCAAAGCCAUCUCCAAAAACACCUGAAGAAGCAGCAAGGCUCGUCAUUCUCACCUUGAAGAGACACCAAAAGGCAGAUGUUGAGGGUUUAUUGGCCUUCUAUGGUCUCCCUCUUCCACACACUCUGGUCGAAACCCCUACACGGCCCCCGACAUCAUGGCCCGAAGGGGUCCAAUUCCAACUGCAGACACUUCCAGUGGACGCGAAAGCUGUUGCCGAUGGGGAUACGAUAACAGUUUAUGUGGAUACCACGGACCCCAGGGAAUCCUCUACCGUUCCCAAAGAUGUGCAAUCGGCAGUGGCUCAAAGAUCAAAGGCGCGUGCAGCCAAGAAUUAUGCAAAGGCAGACGCACUCCACAAGAGCAUUGUUGAUGCUGGGUAUCGCAUUUUGAGCGGUCCCAACAAUGAGGAGGUUCUUGCCCGAAAGUAUAGGAUUAGACUAAGAGGCAUAGACGCACCAGAGAGUCAGAUGCCCUAUGGAAAGGAGGCAAAGGAAGAGCUGGUUAAGCUGGUACAGGGGAAGCGCUUGACAAUCUAUGUUUACAACGAGGACCGCUACGGCAGAUGCGUGGGGGAUAUCUACUGCAAUGGUCUCUUCGUACAGGAAUCAUUACUCAAAAGGGGGUGUGCAUGGCACUACGUGGCUUAUGACAAACGUCCAGAAUUAGCAUUGUGGGAGAAGGAGGCUCGAGCUGCUCGGAUUGGAUUGUGGGCGGCAAGGAACCCAGAAAUGCCUUGGGAAUGGAGAAAAGACAGACGCGAGGGCAGAUAGCUCCGAAAUAAAGAUGAUGUCCCCUUCGGCCUUUCCUGCAACUGCAAGCAAAGAAUAGGUGGCCCGUGGCCCCAGGCCCAUCCCAACCCUUUUCGAUUUGCAUCUUAUCUAUUGUCUAUGUUCAAAACUUUUUUCUAUCCUUUGCUUCAUUUUUUGGGUGGUCUUCUAUUAUUCAAAAUUUUCAUUAACAUAAUCAUGUUGUGUGUAUCUAUCUAUUUUGAAUUAGACCCUCGAAUGAAAAAUUGGUUAUAGCUUGUAAUUACAAGCUUACAAUAAUAUCCAAUAUAUAUCUUGGC